AUGAACCCCGCUAAGCUGACAGUGGCUCAGCUGAAGAAUGAGCUCAAGGAGCGCGGGCUGGAGCAGACGGGCCUAAAAGCUGAGCUGAUAGAGAGGCUGCAGGGCGCACUUGAUGCCGAAGCGGCGGGCGACGGCGGUGCUGGCGAGGGUGAGCCGGCUUCCAACGGCGAUGCCGGCCCUGCCGGCGAGGCAAGCGCUGAUGCAGGCGCUGACGAGGGCGCCGACGGCCAGCAGCAGGAGCAACAGCAGCAGCAGGGAGAGGAAGGCGGCGACGCGCCGAUGGCCGAAGCCGAGCAACAGGAGGGGCCGGCCGCCGACGACGGCGAUGGAAGCGGGCAGCCGCACGAAGAGGUCCAGCAGGACCAACAGCAGCAGCAAGAGCAGGAGGGCGAUGCCGGGCCGCAGCAGGCGGAUGCGGGCGACACGGCCGACGCCGCCAAAGGCGAGGAGGCCCUCUCACCCACUGCCGCGGCCGCAGCCGCCGCCGAGGCUGCGGCGGAGGCCGCCGCCAAGGCGGAGGCCGCCAAGCAGCGCGAGCGGGAGCGCGAACGCGAGCGCGCGCGCCAGCGCGAGCGCGAGCGGUCGCCGUCGGGCCGGCCCAAGGGGCCGCGGGCGGAGCUGCCCAAGCCGCCGUCGCUGCCGCUGGGGCGCGCUGCGGAGUGGCAGCGCAUGGAGAUCCCGCAGGCUUGGAUCCCGCAGCCGCUGCUCAAGGUGAGCCCCAUCCCCGCCGAGGCGACGGACGGCGAGGUGACCGCCGCGCUGCAGGCCGCGGGGCUGCCGCUGGCACGCGUGGACGUUGAGCCGGCCGGCGCGACCGCCAAGCGCGCGGCCUGGGUGCGCCUCGUCGCGCCCGAGCUGCCGUGGCACAGCGAGGGGUUGCCCUACCACCUGCAGCCGGCGGUGGAGGCGGCCUGCGCCGCGCCGCUCGCCGGCGCCGCCGAGGCCGCCGAGGCCGCGGCCGCGGCGGCGGCGGCUGCAGCGGCCGCCGAGGAGGGCGCCGCAGCUGCGGAGGGCGGCGCGGAGGGCGGGGAGGGCGGCGCGGCCGCAGGGAGCGGCGGCAAGCGCAAGGGUGAGGACGAGGAGGGCGGCGAUGCUUCGAAGCUGGAGGGCCCGCGCGAGGGCGACGCGGCGGGCGAGGUGUAUGCGACGCCGACGUCCCCGCGCCGCAAGGCCGGGCCGCUGGAGGAGGUGACCGACGGGGACGCGUGGCGCGUGGCGCGCGAGUACGCGGGCGUACUGGGCGGCGUGGAGCUGGAGGUUCGCGGGGAGAAGGUGGCCGUCGACGCACCGCUGGCGCAGGUCUCGCUGUUUGUCAACCACCUGGCCAGCGACGACGACGACGCGCUGCUGUCAGAGAUGGCCGCCUAUGGCGACGUCGUCCGCGCCUUUGUUGUCCGUGCGCCCGCCGAGGACGGCAGCGGCGCGCCCGGCCGCAGCAAGGGCUACGGGUUUGUUGAGUUUGCGGUGCCGUCGGGCGCCAAGGCGGCGCUGCGGGCGCUGGAGGAGCGAUAUGAUGCGGAGAGGAAGCGGCUGAGGGCUCUGGAGGACGCGUAUUACGAUGAGAGGGUCAGCCUGCGCCAGCGGCUGCACGACGAAUUGAAGAAGAAGGAAGAGGAAGAGGAGGCCAAGGCUAAGGCGGAGGCAGCUGCCAAGGCGGCUGCCGAGGCUGAGGUAAAGGCCCAAGCCGAGGCGGAGGCGAAGGCGGCGGCGGAGGCCAAGGCGAAGGAGGAGGCCGAGGCAAAGGCGGCAGAGGCGGCGGCAAAGGAGGGCGAGGAGGGGGCCGAGAAAGAGGAGGCCAAAGAGGGUGGCGAGGAUGUUAAGGAGGGCGGAGACGUGGCCGCAGCGGCCGCGGCGCCAGUGCCAGCGGCUGCAGCGGCGCCUGUCAAGUCGCCCGCGCCGGCCAAGUCCCCCGCGGCCGGGCGGCACGAGACGCACGCGGAGCGCGCGCGGCGCGAGCGCGAGGCGCGGGAGAAGCAGCGGGAGGCGGAGCGCGCGCAGAAGGAGAAGGACAGGGAGAGGGAGCGGCGGCUGCGCGAGGUGGUGGCGGAGGAGGUCGCCAAGCUGGCGCCGCCGCCGGGGCCGGAGCAGCUGCUGACGAUCCGCCGCGCCGAGUGGAGCUACCCCCGCACCGUGCCGGAGCUGUUUGCGACGCAGCUGCACGUCGCCGGCCUCGCACGCGGCAAGCCCGUGUCGUCGGACGACGUGAGGGGCGUGUUUGCGCACUUUGGCUGGGUGCACGCGGUGUACGUGCCGCGCGACCAGUACAGCGCCCGCGCUGACCCGUGCGCGUUGUCGUCACUCACGGUCGACGCGGGCCCACGGAGCGGCACAUACGGGCUCACGCACUGA